AUGGACCGGUUCGACGACAGGCACCACGUGCGGCUGCGGAGCCUAGUGCACCGCACCUACCUCCACGCCGCCGACGACGGGGAGAGCGUCACCCUCAGCCAGGUCCACGGAUCCCUAAACGCGGCGUGGGCGGUGCACAUCUACCACGGCGGAGACGACGAUGGUGUCGGCUGCGACUACGACGGCGGCCAGCGCCUGCUCCUCCACAGCGCGGCCUACGGCCGCUACCUCGCCGCCACGGCCACGCCGGCGAGGCUCGGCCACCGGGGCCUCCGCGCGGAGCUGCGCGACUACGACCAGCCGGGCGUGGAGGCCUUCAUGUGGCAAGCCGUGGGGUCGGGCUUCGGGGACGACGUCGUCCUGCUCCGCAACGUCGGCGGCCGCUACCUCCGCGCCAACGGCAGGUACCUCCCCUGGAACUCCUCCGGCGUCAGCGUCGACGACGAGGCCAGCUCCAUGAUGUACUGGGUCGUCGAGCCCAUCCCCGCCAGAGAGGACAUGCCUGCCCUUCCUGCCCCGCCUCCGAAUCCCCCAUACGGAUACCUCCUCGGGGUCAUCCACCUGGAGCCGGGACGGCUGAUCCGGUUCGUGCGAGCGCUCGACAACGGGGACUACCCCGAGGACCCCGAGCACGAAGCCUGGCGCCAGUUCUGGUUCAGGGGGAGGUCCGCGUUUCGCCUGAGGGACGACCUGCGGUUCCUCGUCGGCGCCGGCGUCUACUACCGGAACAUCGCCAUGUGCGUCCGAGCGGGCCGCCACGGGAGGCUGACCCCGCUCGUCGUCGACCUGCCCGACGGCGGCUAUGGCGACACCCUCGAGAUUGUCCUCAUCCGGGCCGAGACCCCUGCCUACAAUGGGCUGCAACACCCAGAUGUCAACGCGGAGUAG